AGCCGCGGGCGCGGGUCGCGUCGGCGCUGCUCCGGGGGGCCGGGCUGGGCUGGCUGCCGCUGGCGCCUGGCGGUGAGGGUGGGCUCCCGGGGCGGGCGGAAUGGCCCCCGCCCAGGGCACUGGGAGCAGCGGCUGAGCGCAGGAUGCUGCGGAGGCGGCGCGGCGGCUCCUCACUAGUCCCAGAUGUUCAUCCUCUUUCUGCAAUAGAAUCUCCAUGGCCUGAACAUUUUCUGAAAAUUAUUUUGAGCAGACUACCUGUUUAAUAACAAAAUAACCACAUCAAGAUGGUUGGAAAACUGAAACAGAACUUACUAUUGGCAUGUCUGGUGAUUAGUUCUGUGACUGUGUUUUACUUGGGCCAACACGCCAUGGAAUGCCAUCACCGAAUAGAAGAACGUAGCCAGCCCCUCAAAUUGGAGAGCGUAAAGACCACUGUGCGAACUGGCCUGGACGUCAAAGCCAAUAAAACUUUUGCCUAUCACAAAGAUAUGCCUUUAAUAUUUAUUGGAGGUGUGCCUCGGAGUGGAACCACACUCAUGAGGGCCAUGCUAGAUGCACAUCCUGAUAUUCGCUGUGGAGAGGAAACCAGGGUGAUUCCCCGAAUCCUGGCCCUGAAGCAGAUGUGGUCGCGGUCAAGUAAAGAGAAAAUACGCUUGGAUGAGGCUGGUGUCACCGAUGAAGUGCUGGAUUCUGCCAUGCAAGCCUUCCUACUAGAAAUUAUUGUUAAGCACGGAGAACCAGCUCCUUAUUUAUGUAAUAAAGAUCCCUUUGCCCUGAAAUCCUUAACUUACCUUGCUAGGUUAUUCCCCAAUGCCAAAUUUCUCCUGAUGGUCCGAGAUGGCCGGGCAUCAGUACAUUCAAUGAUUUCUCGGAAAGUUACCAUAGCUGGGUUUGACCUGAACAGUUACAGAGACUGUUUGACCAAAUGGAAUCGUGCCAUAGAGACCAUGUAUAACCAGUGUAUGGAAGUUGGCUAUAAAAAAUGCAUGUUAGUUCACUAUGAACAACUUGUCUUGCAUCCUGAACGGUGGAUGAGAACACUCUUAAAGUUCCUUCAGAUUCCAUGGAACCACUCAGUAUUACAUCAUGAGGAGAUGAUUGGGAAAGCUGGAGGAGUAUCUCUGUCAAAAGUGGAAAGAUCUACAGACCAAGUCAUCAAGCCAGUCAAUGUGGGAGCACUGUCAAAAUGGGUUGGGAAGAUACCCCCAGAUGUUUUACAAGACAUGGCAGUGAUUGCACCCAUGCUUGCCAAACUUGGAUAUGACCCAUAUGCCAAUCCACCUAACUAUGGAAAACCUGAUCCCAAAAUCCUUGAAAACACUAGAAGGGUCUAUAAAGGAGAAUUUCAGCUCCCUGAAUUUCUUAAAGAAAAACCUCAGACUGAGGAAGUGGAGUAGCAGAGCCGGAACCUCUUCCAUACAUGAGAUCACUUCCGUCCAUGAGAUGCACACACAGGGACCCACGUAUUGAAUGCUUUACAAGACAGAACAAGUGUCCAUGGACUCGGCCUUUGAGUUGCCUCAACAGCAUCACUGCACCCCCAUAUGCUUGUUGCGGCCGGUAGGGGCCACCUGCAGUGAGAGAAGGACUCGGAAGAAGCAAGGAAGGCAACAGAGCAUCUCCGGGAGGAUAGUGCUUCAGAGGCAGCUGCUCUCGGAACCAUCUGUCCUCCUCCCUGUCUACCUGGCUUAUGCCAGGACCACAGCUGGGAAGGAGGCAGCAUGGUGCAGGGGAGAACAAAGCGUGUCUCCGCACUUGUAACCGGAUUCUGUUUGUCUGCCCCAGGGAAGACUUCCGCCUUUCAACAGGAGGGAGAUUUCUAGGACUGGUUGUCCCCCGUUGAGAUGAGCAGAGCGCGGCCUGCAUCUCCCGCUCACUUGCCAGCCUCCUUCCACUGAGCGCGUGCGCUGCCUAUGCACACCUGGGCCUUCCCGAGUGAUCUGCUUCCCGGUGCAGCACUCUUGACCCCCAUGACGUGCACAGCCGCUGCAUAGGAAGCCCAGAGGGAGCGCGUGCUUUCUGUUAACACUGCUCUGGUCCUCAUCUUUUCUGGACAGAUUCCAAACUUUUGUUUUAAGGGGAGGGUUUUAAAUGGAAUUCUCUAAGCAAAAUUGGGCAGUUUCAUCUUGGAAUAGGUUAUCUGUACAUGUUCUAAUGUUUUGUAGAACACUUCCUGUUUAAAUGUAUUGAUGUGGAUAAUAUUAAAUAUCUUAAUUAUUUAAAUCAUUGUAUUGUUUUUGAGAAGUUGAGGAAUUACUGUAUACAUUUACAACUUAAUGACUUUUGUAUUUUAUUUUUCAAAAUAAAAGCUUUAAAUG